AUGUCUCCACCAGCUCCAUCUCCAUCUCCAACCGCAUCCCUCAAGAGCUCACAGCUUCCUCCCCAACCCACGAAAUACAAUCCAAUUGUAACUCCCAAUUCCGAGCUACUCACCGGCGCCGUCGAAUAUCCCACCCGAAAAUCCAGUCUUGCAAAUUUGCCCGCCGACAAGAAACCCACCACCAUGACCUCCAGACUCGUUCUCGUAAUUGGCGAUCUCCAUAUUCCAGAUCGAGCAAUUGACGUUCCUCAGAAGGUACUUUCCGCUCUUCUGUAUCUUCCUUCUGCACCUUCCCUCCACGAAUGUGACUACUAACCGAUGAUAUCACAGUUCAAGAAGCUCCUCACACCAGGCAAAAUCGGUCAAACCCUCUGCCUCGGAAACCUCACCGAUCGCCAAACAUACGACUAUCUCCGCUCCAUCACCCCGGAUCUCAAGAUCGUCCGAGGCCGCUACGAUACCGACGCUACGUCUCUUCCGCUCUCUCAAGUCGUCACCCAUGGGUCUCUCCGCAUUGGUUUUGUCGAGGGAUUUACAAUCGUUGCGCCUAAUGAGGUAGACUUGUUGGUUGCUGAGGCCAAUAAGUUGGACGUGGAUGUACUCUGCUGGGGGGGAACUCACAAGUUUGAUGCGUUUGAGCUUGACAAUAAGUUUUUUAUUAAUCCGGGGAGUGCGACUGGAGCGAUGACAACGGGAUGGAUGGAGCCUGGUGAGGAAAUUGUACCAAGCUUUUGCUUGAUGGAUGUGAGUUCUCUUCUCUAUUAUUCCUUUGCGCUAGCUUGAGCUCAAUUUACUGCCCACUCUCUACACAUUAUACCAUAUCCACAUCAAGCUAACCAGUCCCCCAGGUCCAAGGACUAGGUCUCACCCUUUAUGUCUACCAAUUGCGAACCAGCGACCAAGGCGAGGAAAGCGUCUCAGUUGAGAAAAUCUCCUACACGAAAGCAAUUCCCUCUACUCAAGCCACCGCUUCCAGCUCCACCUAAUGAUACCCAUUUGAUAAACCAAUUUUAGUUUAAGGGGUCUUUUUCUGCUUUCGCCAGUUACAAAAGUUCUUGGGCAUUUUACUGGUGUUGGGGGGAUUUUUUUUUACGGGUAUUACAAUAUGAUAUACAUAACGAUAGAUAUGAUAGGGAGGAGGAGAGAAUUAAUACCAGAAAGCUAGACGAUUAAAGUCCUGCCAUAUUCAUUCAUGAGGGUGAACGAAUGGACGCCUGCUGGUUUACUAGAUAGGAAUGCGUAAGAUACCACCUGAUAAUACAAUAAAGUCACAUUUGUAGCGCAAGCUACACUGAU